AUGGCCGAAAUUCUGAUCAAAGACGAGGACCUCACCGGCCUCAAGGGCAAGGUCGUCAUCGUGACUGGUGGCUCUAGCGGUAUUGGUUUGGCGACAGUAAAGCUCCUAUUGUCUUACGGUGCUUUGGUUGUCAGCGGUGACAUCCAGCCACACCCGGAGGCAGCUACUGGAUCGUUCACCUUUGUGCAGACAAACGUGACUGUCUGGUCAGACCUUGUCGCUCUCUUCAAGAAGGCCAAGGAGGUUCACGGCCGGAUCGAUUCAGUCUUUGUCAAUGCCGGUAUUGGCCCUCGCGCCGACUAUCUGAGCACCGAGGUUGAUGCAAAUGGUGACCCCAAGGAGCCUUCGCAUGCCGUGUUUGACGUGGCUCUGAAGGGUGCUGUCAACACAACCACGUUGGCAAUCUACUACCUGAGACAGCAGCCAGAGGGGGGCAGCAUCGUCAUCAUGGCCUCCUCCACUGGUAUUCAGCGCAUGCGUGCCGUCGACUACUCAACGGCUAAGCACGGUGCCUUGGGCCUGGGCCGAAGCAUGACCGCGCUCAUUAGCGCUGCUGGUCUCCCCAUUCGGGUCAACACGCUUGCACCGUCCUGGACCGACAGCCAGGUUCUGCCCAACCUUCAGGGCCUCAUGGACGCGAUCAAGGUGGAGCUUCAGCCCGCCGAGGCCGUGGCGCGUGGUGCCGGUCUCCUCAUCGUCGACAAGUCGAGACACGGCCACGUCAUUUACAUUGAGCGCAGCAAGUACAAGGAAAUUGACGAGGCUUUGCUCAUUCCGGCACACGCCAAGUCUAUUAUCGGCGAGGGCUACCCUCUCGAGGACGAGGUCUUGGCCCGUGUCCAGGCUUUGUAG